AUGGGGCAGAGUUUGCAGCCGGAGCCGUUGGGGGAGAGGAGCGGUGGAAGGAAGCCGGGCGAGAUGGCAGAGGAGGGCUCGGAGCUGGAAAGGGGCCUCCAUGCCAUCGUGGGCAGCUUCUACAGAUACGCCGAGGGCUCCGAGGGACCUAAGGAGCUGGACCAGGCGGCUUUCCAGACGUUGCUCAGCAACGAGCUGAGCCAUCAGCUCACGAACCCAGAGGACCAGAAGGCAGCGCUGGACAUGUUUAGGAAGGUGGAUGCCAACAACGAUCAGAGAAUCUCCUUCGACGAGUACUGGGAUCUCAUCGUAGAGAUUUGCCGAGUGAUCCGGCGCAGCAAUUAUAACGAGUAG